AUGGGCUCCGCAUCCAAGACCUCCCAAACCGCCCGCCUGCAGAAUGAUUUCGGGGCUGAUUACUGGGUUCGCGAUAAAGAGGCGCAUCGCCAAGCCACGGCUGGAAGAGGUCUCUUCGCCGGACUCCAGGAUGUAAAGUCCUAUAACGUGGACCACGGCUGGGCACGUCGUCAGUCUGGGGACUCGCAGACUGGAUUAUUUGGAUCUCUGUGGAACAAAUUCACUGGUGGAUCGUACAACCCGCCCUCGUCGUGA